AUGGGUUGCUCUGGCAGCCGCCAGCAGCCCGCAUCCCCCACCCGAAGGAAUAGAUAUGACGAGUUCGGGGCUCUUAUUACCGAUCCGCUGAAGGGUCCUACCAAGGCCGACAUCAGUUUCAUUGAAACCUGCACGCCGAGGGCGCUCGAGCCCAAAGACAAGGAUGCGACCAAAUUGCCUCUCUUGGUGCUGGCGAAAGACCACGACGAAUGGUUCAGGUGCUUGAGCAAACGGUGCAACCCAGGGGUGACGUGGAAACAGGACGGAAACACAACGUCGCUAGGGGUUGAGCUCAUGGGCCACAGGUUGUACGACGAUUGGUGCGAGGCAAUGGCGCGUUGGGAUGCGAGACACGCCACGACCAACAGCACCGGCGUGCGACCACUGGAUUCGUCGCAGAGAAACGACUGGUGGUCGAUCGGCGACUACGGCGGCGUGUCUGUCGCUCUUGGGUUAUCUGUUAUCGCUACAGCCUCACUCGGGUGUCCACUUGUCUAUGUUGGCCCUGUUAUUUGGACGGUCAUCAAAGCGUGGCGGGAAAGUUUCAAGCGAUGUCGACCAUCACAUAAGCUGACGAAGAUCUUCUCCACCCAUGAGACUAUCGUCGGGUCCGUUCUCAAGGAGCUCGACACACGCAUCAAGGCCGCAGAAGAGGUGGCCAAGGCCAACCCGGGGCACCGCCCUUCGAUAGAAAAGAGCGCCCGACAGAGAAACCGCAUGGAUGGUCUGAGGAUGCUUUUGGAAAACGACACUCGGGUAGGUGCUGCUACAAGGUGUGUCGUGGACCACGGUGUCAUCGAUGACUACCCCCCACUCCCACCCGAAAUACGGGAGAGCUGAGAAUCCGCACGAGCGCCCUUCGCUCCUUCAAAUGUAUCUCACCACGAGUUAAACAUAGGCGGGUGCUCAACUAACCAAUUCUGCAGAAAAUGGAGAGCGUCGCCCGAGGGAGAGCAAACUACGACGCCAAGUGUGAACAGAUGACGAACAUGCUCAGAACUCUCCUCGACUUUGAAAGGGAGCUUCAUAAAGAGCUUAUGGAAGAGGAGCGAUCGAACGACCUGCAGAAGGUGGUGGAUGCAUUGAAGAGCAUUGAGGAGUCCCUGCUCGGCGCCUCAUUGACGCGUUCUAGUUCCAUGUUCCUGGAUGAUCUGGACGGUAGUGGGGUCCAAGACACCCAGAGGCAACCGUCGGCCGCCUUGUUUGCAGCGUCGACGUCGUACCACAACGGCAGAACGGACAGCAGCACCACCAGUCCUUCGGGUCAUUACGCAGAGACCAAGAGACGCACCCAUGGCUGGUGAAGGCCAAGUCGGCGAUGCGUGUAGAGCCGAUGAGGUAUGUGUGUAGGCCGACGGGCCUUUCUAUCAUCUGAAAAGUGAAAGAGGCUGCUGUGAAUUACGAAGACCCCGCGAUGAUCCGCAGUGGCCCGUAGUUUGUCAUGAGUAAGCCCAGAGGAACGCUUGAUCACACACACGGUGUGCAGUUGUAUACAGUAUUUCUAUUCUUCCGUGGACUUGAUUUUUGCCUUAGCCAAUGACACGAGUUGUCAUGGUUGCGUUCCUUUUCUUGGCGGGAAGUUGGACGUGAAAAUCAUUUGUCGACGA